AUGAGCUUGGCGAAGCCACUGGCCAAUGGUCUUCUCAUUGGCGUGGCCUUGGUCACGGAAAAGGUUGCUGCAGCCAUAAACUACGGUGACCAUGGAACCGCAUUCGGCGGAGGCCCUUUUGUGUGCCAUGCUACAUUGGCCACAUUGGACAAGAUCCAGAAACCUGGGUAUCUAGCAGAGGUGACUAGGAAAGGAGAAUACUUCAAGCAGCUGCUCAAAACUAAGCUGAGUGGACACCCUCACGUCAGAGAGAUCCGGGGGGCUGGUCUCAUUGUUGGCAUCGAGCUUGAUGUACCGGCUGCUCCUUUAGUCGAUGCCUGCUUGGAUGGGGGUGUCUUUGUGCCGACGACCAGGAAAGGCAAUGUGGUGAGGCUUGUGCCUACGCUCAUCGUGUCGGAGAAGGAGCUGGAGCAAGCUGCAGAGGUGAUAAGGGAAUGUCUACCUGCUCAUGAAGCAUCUACCUCUUAG